UUAAAAAUAGUAUUUAUGUUUUGCAUAUCUAAUAAAUUUACAAACCAUUCGCACCGACUGGUGAGCCUGCUUGGAAAGCACAAAUUAGUGUCUAUCAUCAGCAACAGCUAGAGCGUCAUCUAAACUCAAGCGCUUCUGAUGAAUUUAAAUCUUGAACAUUUGUCCAGAUAGUCGAGGCCCAGCCGCAAUAUCGCGCAUCUGAGUGUAGUGUAGGCUGCUGCUGUCGUCGAAAAAAAACACGAGACAUAUGGACCCGUACGAUUCCGGUAGAAAACCUUUUUCUUUGGUCAGGAAACCAAAUGCCAUAACACAAAUGAAAAAUAAAAGCCCCGAGACCGUAAACAGCACAAGCGAUGAAGCUCGACAAAGUACGGCAGAUGCAAGGGAAAACUCCACCAUCCAUCCGGACAAACACCGGAGCAGAAUCUACAAACAGGAUGAACACUGGGACAGAACAACCAGCACCACUUUAUCAAUGUACAGCAGCAGCAAUAAACAUCACUCUGGCGGAAGAAAACACCAUCAGUCUGCCAGUUCCUCAGCGACGAUUACAAUCAGACACUAUUCAGUUACCACCGAUCGUACCGCCUACGCCAACAUCACCACCAGAGGCAACAGCAGCAUAUCCAACAUCGGACAUCCGCCGGAAGCGUUCCAUCGCAGCACUACCUGCUUUCCGGUGGAAGAGACCAUCAACGCAGCAGCAUCUUCCUUUUCAUCUUCACCACAAGAAGUGAACCAGCUCAUCAGCAGCUGCGGCAUAAGCAUUUCUUCUCCCAAAACGGAAGCGCACCAGGCGGCGGAAGUGGCUCAGGUGGUUUACAAUGGAACAGAGUGGUAUUGA